ACCGGAUGAGCAUCAAUAGUAUCUUGAUCAUACGCCAACAAAGGAUGCAGCCAGCGAAAACAUAAAGCCGAGGCCUGAACCUAAAUAUCAACUACUUCAAGUUCACCUUUUUCUUUGGCAGCGUCCAUACUUUCCAAGGAAUAACAGGAAAUAUAUUCUUACGCAAGAAUCGAAUGGCCUAAGAUUUCAAUUGUUUGAAGUCAGCAAGCGUCAACGGAGUAACCCGCAAGAUAUACCAUAUUUUAGGCAAUAUCAGUGAACUCAAGACAGUGGCUCGGUCAACCACAGACAAUGAACGUGUAGAGUAUUAUUAAUACUAUUAAAAUAGUGCACGAUGCUCAGAUUGCUCAGUUUCUGAAUCAAGUGUAUGUCCCAACUGAACCAUAGAGCGGAUCACUUUACAUAAAAAGAAAGUCUCAUCCAGGGAUAUUUCUUCUUUGAUUAUGUUAUAUACAACUAGAUUUGAUGAGAAAUCGUUGUUAUCUUUUAUAAAGUGGUGCAACACCAAAAAAGUUUUAUACAUGAACCAAGAACAGGAACGAAAAGCAUUGAAGGAUCAAAACGGUUCAAAGGUUCGAUAUCGAGUCUUAUGGACAUUAAAAGAUGAAUAUUUGAAUGGUAUUGCUUAUCAAUCACGGAGCAUCUGCCAAAGUACCAGGCAUACGUCAAGAACCUCAAGAAAAACAACUUCACAGUUGUUGUGAACAUAUAUGAAUUCAUAUGUAUAGAUCAAUAAAUGAUGAUCAUGGCAAAAGACCAGAUCACAUAUAUGGCAAUUGCAAUGG